GUUCAAUUGGCUAAUUAAUUGCUUAGGAGGUGGAUUUGUAAUAUCACUUUUGACUUCUGAGUGAUUCUUAGAGCAGCUGGAAUCUCAUGAGAAUAUCAUCCGUGGGUCCAAGAGUUCGUUGUGCAAUUUAACAAAAUUCAAAGCCCUUUUUUCUUGACGGAUCUUGCAGACGAAUCUGACGAGCCCAUGUUUUGUGAGUAUGAUCAGUGAUGUGGCAAGCUAUAAUUCGUUCAUAAAUACACUCUAAUUUUAUCCGAUUUCAUUUUUUUUGCGAGACAACUACACAUUCAUUUCCUCUUUUCUUCAUCGAGGUCUCGAUUCUCAGGCGAAUUCGAUUCACCAUCUCGUAUCUAACCGAUGAAUCAGUUCACUAUCUCCGCCGCGACGAGCAAGAAUUUCUACUCGGCCGGUUUAGGGAUUUCUUCUCCUUGUUCGUCGUCAUCUUCUCCAACCACUUACUGUCAUCGCCGGCGUUCUGUGAAGUAAUCACCUAAGUUGCGAAGUAGUAGUAGUAGAAGAAAAUGUACGGAGACGCUACAAAUUGGAACGAGGAUGAGUAUAGAGAAGCAAUUCUGAAGGAACGAGAAGUACAGACACGUACCGUGUUUCGAACCGCCUGGGCUCCUCCAGCGAGGAACCCUAAUCCGGAUGCCUUUGUUGUCGCUUCCAGCGACGGAACCCUAGCUUUCCAUUCUAUGAAAUCGCUUGUGUCCCAAUCGGCCGGUUUUGGCUACUCGAAAGGUCAGGACGUCAUGGUAGCUGAGCCUGAGGGAGUGGUUAGGGCACACGACGGACCCGCUUAUGAUGUCAAGUUCUAUGGCGAAGAAGAAGAUGCUUUGCUCCUCAGUUGUGGUGACGAUGGCAGAGUUCGAGGAUGGAAAUGGAAAGAAAUUGCUGAAUCAGAUGCGUCUCUUCAUUUGCAAGAGAAUCAUGCGAAGCCAUUGCUUGAAUUGACUAAUCCACAACACAAAGGUCCUUGGGGUGCUCUUUCACCGAUGCCCGAGAUCAAUGCCAUUUCUGUUGAUUGUCAGUCAGGAAGUGUAUUUACGGCGGCGGGUGAUUCUUCAGCAUAUUGUUGGGACGUGGAGAGUGGUAAAAUCAAAAUGACCUUCAAGGGGCAUUCAGACUAUUUGCAUUGUGUAGUUUCACGUAGUUCUGCAAGUCAGAUAUUGACGGGGUCAGAGGAUGGGACUGCAAGAAUCUGGGAUUGCAAGACAGGGAAAUGCAUUAAAGUAAUUGGUUCGCAGGAUAAAAGGUCCCGCUUUCGGAUUAGUUCUAUGGCUCUUGAUGGAAGUGAAAGCUGGUUGGUUUGUGGACAAGGCAAAAAUUUAGCUUUAUGGAAUCUCCCUGCCUCGGAAUGCGUAUCAACAAUAUCCUCCCCUGCUCAUGUACAGGAUGUAAUGUUUGAUGAAAAGCAGAUUUUGACAGUAGGAGCAGAACCACUUCUAAGGCGUUUCGACUUAAAUGGAGCUUUGCUUAAUCAAAUUCAGUGUGCUCCUAGUUCAGUAUUUUCCGUUUCCUUGCAUCAAGCAGGAGUAGUAGCUGUGGGAGGUUAUGGAGGCCUUGUUGAUGUCAUCUCUCAAUUUGGAAGCCAUCUCUGCACAUUUCGUAGCAGCUCAUUGUGAAACCCCUUGCAAUUUCUCGGUUUGGCCUAAUAAACUACAGAGGUUCUUGCCCUUGAAAAAGAUUUCAAGUUUCGUUUCAUAAAUGUUCUCAUGGUUAGGGGAACAGAAGUGUGUUGGUCCGGUUCGGCUUGAUUUGACUGUAAGACUAAAUAAUUGAAUGCCAGUAUUUCAAACAACAAUAGUCGUUUAGAUUUAUUAUUUGACUACAUGACUUUUUCUGUGAUCAAUAUGCCUUAAGAUUAAA